CUUGUUAGGCCUUCCACUGAAACUCAAGCUCCAAAAUCUUGCCCAACAUGGCAAUUACCCUUACAAAGGGUAACAUGAGCCUUGGCUUGGGCAUUAAAUUGCUUAUAAUUCUGUCUUUCUUCUGUUUAGAAGGUGUUUGUGUUAGAGGAAGAGAUUUGUCAAGAACAUCAGCUUCCAAAUUACAAGGAACAAAACUUAUGCGUGGUGAGGCAUUUGGGAGCUUUAAUGCAUUCAAUGUCCGGAGCUUUGGUGCUCAAGCCGACGGCCGAACCGAUGAUAGCCAAGCUUUCAUAGAAGCAUGGAAGGAGGCAUGUGAAUCCACUGGCAGAGUAAGCCUUGUGAUACCGAGAGGGACGUACUUGAUUGGUCCCGUUAAGUUCGAUGGCCCCUGUGAAAAUGUGUCGUCUCUUACUGUUCAGAUGGAGGGUUAUUUGAAGGCUUCAAUGGACUUGUUCAAGUAUGAAUCCGGUGGUGGUUGGGUCGAAUUUAGAUGGCUGAAGGGGCUAAUCUUGACUGGAGGUGGGACUUUUGAUGGCCAAGGUGCUCAAGCCUGGCCUUACAACAAUUGCCUUAAAGACUCCAAUUGUAGAAUCCUCCCAACUAGUGUGAAAUUUAUGGGAGUGAACAACACUUUAGUUCAAGAUAUAACUUCAAUAAACAGCAAGUUCUUUCACAUGGCACUUGUGGAGUGCCACAACUUUAGAGGUACUAAAAUCAAGAUCACGGCUCCAGAAGAUAGUCCCAACACCGAUGGAAUCCAUGUCGAGCGGAGCUCUAGAGUUUUUCUUUCUAGUUCGCGUAUUGCCACCGGAGACGAUUGCAUAUCAAUUGGGCAAGGAAAUUCUCAUAUCACCAUUACAAGCAUCCAUUGCGGACCCGGCCAUGGCAUUAGUGUUGGAAGUUUGGGAAAGUAUAGGGAUGAAGAAGACGUAAGUGGACUUGUAGUCAGAAAUUGCUACAUGAAAGAGACAACAAACGGGAUUAGAAUCAAGACAUGGCCCAACUCUCCGGGCAGCAGUGCAGCUACCAACAUGACGUUUGCUAAUAUUGUCAUGAACAAUGUGAGCAACCCCAUCAUAAUUGAUCAGUCAUAUUGUCCAUCUUCAUCUUGUUCUUCCAAGGCACCAUCAAGAGUGAAGUUGAGUGAUAUACACUUCAAGAACAUAAGAGGGACAUCAUCGUCUGAGGUGGCAGUGAAUCUGGAAUGUAGCAAAGGGAUUCCAUGCCAGAAUAUUUACCUUGAAGAUGUUCAUUUGAAUCCGUCAUCAGGGGAUAAACGUUCCAUUUCCUUUUGCAGCAAUGUUAGAGCUAAAUUUAUUGGCACCCAAAUUCCACCCCCAUGUUCCUAGUUGUUCUCGUAAUGAUUAGUACGCCUUUUUUAAAAAUUUUGUUUUGGACAUUCUUUUUUUCUUAGUUAGUUUGGUAGGGCUUGUUAUGAUGACUCGUGUACUUGA